AUGUUGCUCUCUGGUGGACUGAAGAAUCCUCAGUGUAACCUGGAAAUACUGAGGUUGAUUUAUUGUGAUUUCACAGAUGAAGGUUGUGAUGCUCUGGCUUCAGCUCUGAGAUCAAACCCCUCACACCUGAGAGAACUGGAUCUGUCUAGGAAUAAACUAGGAGACAGUGGAGUGAAGCUGCUCUCUGAUGGACUGGAUAAUCCUCAGUGUAAACUGGAAAUACUGAGGUUGAUUUAUUGUGAUUUCACAGAUGAAGGUUGUGCUGCUCUGGCUUCAGCUCUGAGAUCAAACCCCUCAUACCUGAGAGAACUGAAUCUGUCUAGGAAUAAUCUAGGAGACAGAGGAGUGAUGCUGCUCUCUGAUGGACUGGAUAAUCCUCAGUGUAAACUGGAAAUACUGAGUUGAGAUUAUGACUCUUACACCUGAAUUAGCAUUUAUAGGCUGUUGUUCACAUUUUCAGAAUUUGAAGGAUGUAAUCACGCAUGAAAGUAUCAAACUGGGAAAUUUCAUUAAUAACCUUUAUUACAAUACAAUACAUGGCAUUUAUCCACUGAUGUCAUUGUUCUCUACAGGUUGAGUGAUUGUGACCUCACAGGUUGUGCUGCUCUGGCUUCAGCUCUGAGAUCAAACCUCUCACACAUGAGAGAACUGAAUCUGUCUGGGAAUAAACUAAGAGAAUCAGAAGUGAAGCUGCUCUCAGAUAUACAGGACAAUUCACAUCAGUUGAAAAUUAUUCUGUUUUAAAAUCUUCAAAGUAUAAUUUCCUGGUUUUCUCAAGUUUUACCUGUGGUAGGCAACAGGUGGCUGUGAAAUGAAUAAGACCAUUAUUAAGGGUGUCACGUGAAGGCUUCUUGCCUCUGGGGAGUGUUGACUGUUUUGAUACAAUGUUUAAUUUGGCCAAUGGGAAAAGGGUUGGCCAUCAAUUGGCAGAAGGCCCAUGAGAGAUUAAGUUAAAAGAUGAACAGUAGUUGGUAGUCGGCCACCCUUACAAAGAAAAUUAUCUCUUACAUAAGCAACACCUGCAGUUUAAUUGGUGAAAUGACUGUGGUGAAAAUGUUGGGGAGUACAUGGGAGACUUAAGGAAGAGAAAGGGAGGAGAGCCCCUGUAAGUGAGAAUAUGGGAAAACUGUAAGGGUGUAUAUUACCAGCCAAUGAUACUACUUUGGUGUGUUUUAAGAGAUAAGAAAAAUGUAUAAAAACUGUGCCCUGGCUAGAGAGAUUCAGAUGUGGAGCUGCAUCUCACUUUG